CGCGCUGGGCUAGGCUAGGCCGGGCCCGCGGGGCGAGCGGGGCCGCGAGCAGCGGGGUCGGGUACACCCCGGCUGGGCGGGGGGCGCGGGGCCGAGCGCCGCGGCGGGGCCCGGCCUCUUCCCCCGGAGCCGCAGCGCCCCGCCCUCACCGGCAGCCUGCCCCGUCCGGUGCCGGUGUGCGCGGUGUAGCUGCCCUGAUGUGGCCGGGCACGCGGUGCUCCGGCGGCUGGGGUGGUUUUUGGGGCGGCCAGGGGUUCGAGCACACCGGGAGAUCCCCCGGGCCGGCGCUUCCCGCAGUGACACAACAGCCCCGGCUCAUCCCUGGCUCCCACCGGGAGCCGGCAGCUGAGCCUGGGCUCCACAUGUCGUGCUCAGCCCGCCCCCGUGUUAAAUCCCGCUCGGGGGUGGGCGUGCGGCUCCGCGGUGUCCCGGGAGCGGUGCUCGGGAGCUCCGGGACACGGUGCCGGUGAUGCUCGGGAGCUCUCGGGCUGUUCGUGGCGCUGGUUUGCUCUCGGUGUGGGUUGGUUGGUGAGGAAACUGCUCCUGGUGUAGCUAGAUUUGUAUACAUAUAAAUUAUGUGUAUUAUAUAUAUAAAUACUUGUAAGUAUUUUUGGAGCUAUCCUGUGCAGGCCCGGGAGUUUGAUGGUCCUAAUGAGUCCCAUACAACACAGUAUACUUACAUAUUAUUUAUAAUAUUAAAAUAUUAUAAAUAAUAUUAUAUUUAUAAAACAUUUAUAUAUUAUUUUAUUUAUAUACAUAGUGUCUAAAUAUCUGCUGCUGGGACUGGAACGCUCCCUGGUUCCCAGAGCAUUCCCGCUGAGGAGGAGCUGCCCGUGAGCUCACUGGGGGAGGAGAUGCCAUCCUCUGCCAUUGAUUGAUCCCUGAUCAUUAAUAUUUAACUUGGCUACUCUGUUUAACGAAGGGGGUGAGAUAAUCCCUUGGAUAGUGAGGAUCCAGCACUGGUAGAAUUUUGUCCAGAACUUCAGGCAGCUGCUGCAGAGUGUUGGCAUUACAGAGCUGUUAAUGUUUUAAUUAAGGAUUUUAAUUUAAGGCAGAAAUGAGGUAUCCAGUGUGAAAUUGAAAUGAGAACCUGACAGCAGCAUUUUCAGAAAGAAUAUUUAUCUUCUUUUAUUCUGGCUGUGAAAAAGUCUCAGGAAAUGGGCAGAGGAUGGAACUCAAACAGCAGCAGUAACCACAGCAACGGGUACAGAGAGUCUGUGACUUAAUCCUGUCAGCAUUCCUUGAAAAAGGGCUGAGGCACCAUGGAGCAGUACACUGCCAACAGCAGCAGCUCCACGGAGCAGAUCGUGGUGCAGGCAGGGCAGAUCCAGCAGCAGCAGCAGGGAGGUGUCACAGCUGUCCAGCUGCAGACUGAGGCCCAGGUGGCAUCGGCCUCAGGCCAGCAAGUCCAGACCCUCCAGGUAGUGCAGGGGCAGCCGCUGAUGGUGCAGGUGAGCGGGGGGCAGCUCAUCACCUCCACGGGCCAGCCCAUCAUGGUGCAGGCCGUGCCCGGGGGCCAGGGCCAGACCAUCAUGCAGGUGCCCGUGUCCGGCACGCAGGGGCUGCAGCAGACCCAGCAGCAGAUUGCAGUGCAAGGCCAGCAGGUUGCCCAGGCUGCUGAGGGCCAGACCAUCGUGUACCAGCCCGUGAAUGCUGAUGGCACCAUCCUGCAGCAAGUUACAGCCCCUGUUACAGGCAUGAUCACCAUUCCUGCAGCCAGCCUGGCUGGAGCCCAGAUUGUCCAAACAGGAGCCAACACCAACACCACCAGCAGUGGCCAGGGGACGGUCACAGUGACACUGCCAGUGGCUGGGAACGUGGUCAAUUCAGGGGGAAUGGUCAUGAUGGUGCCUGGAGCUGGCUCAGUCCCAGCCAUCCAGAGGAUCCCUUUGCCUGGAGCAGAGAUGCUGGAAGAGGAGCCCCUCUACGUCAAUGCCAAGCAGUACCACCGCAUCCUGAAGAGGAGGCAGGCACGGGCCAAGCUGGAAGCAGAGGGAAAAAUCCCCAAAGAGAGAAGGAAAUACCUGCACGAGUCCCGGCACCGGCACGCCAUGGCCAGGAAACGGGGAGAGGGGGGUCGCUUCUUCUCCCCCAAGGAAAAGGACAGCCCUCACAUGCAGGAUCCAUCUCAAAGCAACGAAGAAGCAAUGACACAGAUGAUCAGGGUCUCCUAACCCCUGCUUCCAGGGAAAAAUACCUGAAGGGAAUUCCCAUCCCUCCUGCCAGCCUGUCCUGCCUGCCCAGAGUGUCCAGUGAAUCCUGGAGUGGGACAAUCUCCAUGUCACAGCCUGUCCUUUUCCACAGAGCAAGUACCACGUGUUGAGGAUGUGCUUGAGGUUUCAACUCUACCAACAGAACCUUUCAGACUUCCUUGGUGCCCUCUCCUGAUCCAGCACAGGGAAUUGGAAGUCUGAGUGCUCAUCUCUGGUUUUCCUCAUUUUCCCACCUUUCCCUGUGGCUGGUGCAGCUCAGCCCUGUCCAGGGACAGAUUCCAGCUCCUCCAGCCUGCACCUCGGAGCUGAGAUUUGUUAUUCCAUCCACUCCUCACCCCUUUGGACUUGGUUUUCCCUGAGCUGGGCCCUGCUGUUGCACUUCUGGCCCUGGCAGAAACUGAAGGGGAUUCUUUUCAAUUCCACCUUGUAAAUGUGUAAAGAAGCUCUUCUCUGGGGAAGGUUCAGCCAUCCAAUCAAUGCUAGAAAUAGUGAAGAUUACUGCAGGACUUGAUGUGUUGUGUCUCUGUUGCAAGUGGGGUGGGAGAGGGAGAUGGGGGGGAUUGGGUCAGUAAAUCAGUCUCUGGGUGGGUUUGGAUGUUCAUUGCCAGUACUUGUUGCUUUGGAAGAAAACUGGAUGUGAGUCUAGAAAGGAUUGAAACUUUUCAGUGACUCUCUUCCAAAGGAUUUUUUUUUUUUUUAAUCUUCUUUCUCACCUGCCAGUGAAGUCCGUGUUUCCUCCAGGGGACGUGGAACCCUCAGUGUGACAGUGGUGGCACUUGGCCAUGGUUGGGAUGGAGUUUCUGAUGCUUAAAUCAUUUCUACAGUUCCAGAGUGAGGGGUGAUUCAGGACAGCAGCAGCUGGGGCAGCUCAGCCUGAGGUACCUGAAGGACUCAGCACAUACUGAUGAACUUUUCAUGCUUUUUAUAAAUUAAGCUCUUAAAAACAAAACAGAAGUGGCACUUAGCAAAGGAGCAAUACUUACAUUAUUAAAAAAUAGGAUUUUCCCAUGACCUACAGCUGGCUUUGGGCUGAGCAUCUCCACAGAACAGAGUUUUAAUUUAGAUUCUAAGCCUGCUCUGUUAUGAUUUGAAUUUAGUGAUGGGAACAGUAGUUAAAAGCAUUUAACAGGUGAUUUCUCACCACUGCACUCCUGUCCCCUCUCACCUUGAUGAGUUACACAGCUGCUCUGGGGAUCAUCUGCCUGCUGGAGUCCCAGAAUUUCCAGGUUUUGGGUCCUGUAGUUCAAACUGGAUCACAGCAGUGACGUUUGGGAUUGGGAACGUUGCUGGGUGAAUGUGAACCUGGCCAGGUGAAGCUGAAGAGUGAAGAGUUUUUGAGGAAAUGCUGCCAAGGAUGGGUGAGACUGGGUUCAAGCCAGUGAAUGCUGAAUUCAAGUGACAAGGAAACGCAGCUUGGAAAUUACAUUUUCUCCCUCCCAUCUUUUCCCAUUUACUGGAAAUUUAUGGCUAAAGACAAAGUGGAGGACAAAUCAGCAAGUUGUGGAAGACUGGGAGGAUACAAAAGAACAGAGCCUGGAAAAUUCUAUUUCCUUUGGAUGAAAGAAAAAUACUAAACCUGAGAGAGUAUGAGAUUGAGGAGAAAUGUUGGAUCCUUGUUGUGAGCAGGCAAUCCUGGAGGAAGAGGGAGCCUGUUCAGGUGUAAGGAUGCCCUGUGCAGGCAGUGGAAGGACAAGGAGGAGCUGCAGAGAGGUUUGGAAUUGGCAGCUGGAUCUCUAAAAGCAGCUGAGCUCCUUGGUGUGAGUCCUGGUUCCUGUCCCUCCCCACAGCUGGAGCUGGGAAGGACACUCGGGGACACCUGCAGCUGCAGGAGGAGCUGGCCUGGCUCCUGGCAGGCAAAUAAAUCUUCUUUCUUUCAGUUUUUGUCUCAAGUUACACCAGUAAUCUGACACUCUGCUCACAACUCUUAAUUAGGAUUUAUUUCUAAUAAUUCCAAGGGAAUUUUUAACAUCGAUGGCAUCAGGGCCUCUGGUUGCUUCUGCCUUAAAUCCUUGUCCAGUGGUGCUGGUUUUCCUCAGCUGGCACCUAAACUCACACAGCAUUUCCUGGGGUCUCCCCCAUUCCAGGAAAGUGCAGCUCUCCUUAAGGGAUUUUAGUUGAAUUUGCAGCAUUACUGUAAAUAUUUUUUUUUUGAGCAUCUGUACAUUUUGUUGGUGGAAUAUUUGCGUGCUGGAGUAAGAUUCUCUCCAUUGUAUUUUUUGCUCUUCAGUUGAUGGUAAAUCUGUCCUGAAACACCUUUUUGAGAGCUGGAAGUUCAGGAAGCUAGAUUAUUACUCUGACAUAGGUUUUGUUUCUUUUUUUUUUAAUAAGUAAUUACUUUUCUUAAAGAACUUGUAAACUUUUUCCCAAUAUCCCUUCAUAUCUAGGUUCUCUGAUCUGCUGUUGUAGGUUGUGUGUGAAGAAAUACGGAUUUGUGUUCUAGGAAGUCUUAUUGUUAAUAUUUUAAAAUAGUGAUGUGAAAGCCUGAGUGCUCCUAUCAUUUUUUUAUUUGUGUUCUGUGUAUCACUGCUGAAAGUUGUGUUUAUUUGGUGAGGUUGGAGCCAGCAGUCAACGCCACAGUACCAAAACUAUCUGCUUUCUUUUCCAGGCAAAUCUGUGAAAAUUGGAGACAUGUCCAGUUCAAACCUCCCUAAUAAUUAAAUUAAAAUUCUCUGUAGAUUGGCUACACUUGAGCAAAACCUUCACUUUAGGAGUGAGUUAAGAGUGGGUGAGGAUGAAGGAAGAGGUUUGGGAGAAAUGAUUCACCCAGAGCAGUGAAGCAUCAAACCCAUCAAAACCCAGAUUUAUAGGAGUGUAAAGAUCAGGAUUUGGAAAAAAAUGGUCCUCAAGUGAUGCUAAAUGGCUUUAAGGCCCUGCAUGUUAAAAAACGGGGGAAAAUAAACUUUUCUUUGUGAAGGGGCGUGGGAGGGUCCUGAGCUUAACGUGAUGUCAGGCAACGUUUGUACAUAGUUCAAAGUUUUUAAUUUUUUUUAUAUGAUGCAUUUUUUCAAGUGUAUUUUGGUCUUUAAUAGAUGCAAUUGUAAGUACUGUGUACACUCUCCAGCUAAUAAAAUUUAUAAACUGA